UUGUAUAAUUAUGUUAAAUUAUUAAUAUUAAAUUGAAACAUAUGACUUAUUUAGUAUUUAGAUAACGAUUAAUAAGGUUAUGUCUAUCUAACUUACAACAGCAGUUCUGUUAUUCUAUUUAUAAAGUAUCGAUGAUUGUACUAAGCGAUAUAAAAACCGGGUCGGCUUAUGGGUACUGUACUCUGACCUUGGUCUUGAGUUGAUUGGGGAAUAGCCAACCAAAGCAGGCUUUCGGUUUCCUUAUUCAAUUGCCCAAGAAAAAAAAAGUAAAAUGGUGGUUAUGUGCAGAUAUUCCUCUGUUCUUUUAGCAGUCAUAUGUCUCCAAUUAGCAGUGAAGAGUGGACUUUCAUAUACAGCAGCAGUUGUGGAGUUUGCUCCAACGCAAUCGGAUCAUGGACCUGCAGAUACUCUUCUUGACAAUGCCCGCAGAUACAUAGAUAUUAUCAAGACAGCUGCUACGCAUAAUGCUAAUAUUGUGGUGUUCCCUGAAUGUGGUUUAACUACCAUAAAGAUUCCAGUUGUACGGCAGGACAUCUUCCCUUUUCUUAUAGAACUACCAGAAGUGGGUACCAAUCCUUGUGAUCUCGUUGAUUCGCACCAGGUUCUGCAGUUAUUAUCAUGUGCGGCAAAACAUAAUGCAAUUUAUGUUGUGGUCAACCUGAGUGAGUUGGCACACUGUUCUGUCGGCGAGACUGACUGCCCACCUGAUGGAAGUCUCUUCUACAACACUAACAUUGCCUUCAACAAGAGUGGCCACAUUGUUGCACGAUAUAGAAAAACCAACUUGUUUAUUGAACCAGAGUUCAGUAUAAUGAAGAUCCCUGACUACAGCUGGUUUGACACUGACUUUGGUGUCAGGUUUGGCAUUUUCACCUGUUUUGACAUCCUGUUUAAGGAACCAACCGCUACCUUGCUCAGAGAGCAAAACAUUACUGAUUUCGUCUACCCUACAGCAUGGUUCUCCGAACUGCCUUUUUAUAGUGCUAUAUCAGUCCAAGCUGGCUGGGCCUAUGCCAAUGAUGUGAAUCUCUUGGCUGCUGGCUAUAACAAUCCCAAAAACAAAAACACAGGGAGUGGCAUUUAUGAGGGACGAGAUGGAGAAGCUGUGGCACACAUGUCUCGUGAUACAACAACAAGGUUACUUAUAAGUACUGUCAACACAAAACAGCGUGGCACACCAUUAUCACAUUCUGAAAAGAUCACAAUCACUGGUGUAAAUUUCCAAGAACAUAAAUUGGAUAUUGAUUUCUUUCACUACAAUCUGGAAAAUUUUACAUCUACAGUCAUUUCAGGGCCAGACACAAAUCUUGAAUACUAUAAUGAAGGGUUUAGAUGUAAAAUAUCUGUACAAGUAUCUAUAACUGGAGAUGGCCCCACCUACCGAUUGGUUGCUUGGAGUGGAUUGAGGACUUACGCUGGAGACAAAACUGCAUACGUUGAAUUCUGUGGUGUUAUCGCAUGUCCUGACACACAGUUAUCAUCUUGUGGAUAUGAACCCAACUUUCUUUCCCAUCAUGUGCAGUUUUCCCAAAUUUCCAUCAGAUCUGUUUCCAAAAAGUCAUUAUUUUCAUAUCCAAUCACACUUACAGAUGGACUGUUAUCAUUUCCUGCAAAGUUAUUUUCUUUUACAUCAGAAAAAAGGAUUGAGGAAUUUCUUACAAAUUUAACUUCAAAUGAACAUAUCUUCCAACUUUAUUACUUUUGCUAUAGGUCGAGUGUAGAUUAGUGUGACCUAAACAUUCCCAGAAUAAACCAGGAUAUCUCCA